ACUGAAUCUUCAUUAUGUUGACCAGAAAAAAAACUUGUCUUAUCAUUCUUGAAAAAAUUGUGAAUGCAAUCUCUAUUUAACAAAAUGUACUAAUUUGUAAUGCGUGAAAAUCAAAGAUGUCAUAUGUGAUUACUGGUUCCUAAAUAUUAUUCUUUUUUAUCAAACAUAAAAAAAAUUAAGAUUAAUAUUUGAAUAAGCUAGAGAAUAAUAACAUUAAAAAGUUGAAUAAUAUAUAGAUCUAAAGUAUAUAAACUUUUUAUUGGUUCUUGAAAAGCCAUAGGCUUUUAGUGCCACUUUCCACAAUCCAAGUUCAGUCAACAUUGGUGAUUUUUCUACUUUUCUGAUUAUAUCUCCUUUUCUGAUUAAACUAAAGUAUGAACCUAGAAGCAAGACAUUGCAAUAAGAAAACUUUUAGAAGUACUUUAUUUCUUAUAUAAUACAUCAGAAGUUAUUACGAACUUUUGUUCACUUCCCUUCUUCGCAAUGAGCUCCAACGAUAGAGAUCAUACAUGGCCCAACGGUCAAGACCACCACUCGUUCUGGCCAAACUCUUCUCGUUACGACUCCACCAGCAAGAUCAUGCUCGCAGCAGUCAUCUCUUCGUCAGCAGUUAUCCUCAUCAUCUUCAUUCUUCAUCUUUAUGCAAGAUUCAUUCUCCAUCGCCGUAGAGAAGCUAGCAGCUUCCGUGGCCUCUCCGUCGUAUUACGCCACCCUUUGCAAACGCCAAAACGUGGCCUCAACCCAACAGUCAUAGCUUCUCUCCCUACUUUCAUCGUUGGAGCCAGAAGUGACGUUGCGGCCGCUACUGAAUGUGCGGUGUGUCUUAGCGUGUUUGAGGAGCAAGACACGGCGAGAGAGUUGCCGAACUGUAGACAUGUUUUUCAUGUUGAUUGUAUUGACACGUGGCUCACCACUUGCUCUACUUGUCCUGUUUGUCGGAAUGAAGUUCAACCAAGGCUGAGACUUGAGCCUGAGCCAAGAGAAGGACCAGUUGGCGAUGGUGCCUCUGGCUCACCACCGACUGCACCACCGUCGUUGGAGGAAGUCAGGCUGAACUCUUCGUCGGUUUCACGAUUAGACUCGUUUAGGAGAAUCUUAACAAGAGAAAGAUCUUCCAACAGGAUAAAUCAUUCUUGUGUUGGCCAAGAACAUGUAGUGGAACUUGAUAGACACUGAGUCUACAUAGAAAAUACAUGAGUUUAU